UAGCAGAAAAGUGAGCUUAAUGGCUAUGGAGGAGGAGAAUAUCCCAGCUCAAGUUUUUUACAAUCCACUUCAAGUCACACGGGGUUGGGAGGAAUACUUGGAAUUGGAGGUUGCAAAAAGUAAUCUCAAUCAAAAUUUGCAUAACAGAUCAAUUUUGCUUAUAGAGAUGUAUUCUAAAUCUGAACCAUUUGAUGCUUGGAUUCCGUACCUAGCUGCAAAUAUUUUCAAUCUCUAUGUCUGUAGAGAAAAGGUUGACCAUGAAAAUGAAAGAACCAUUGAUCUCAUUACGUUAAGUUGUCUUUCUAUUGCUUGGAAGUCAAGGGAGAAAGAUUUCUCCAUCCGUAUGCUUAAGGCAAAAUAUAAAAAACUCCAUACUAUAACACAGAAUAUGUGUUUAGAUAUGGAGUUUCAAAUUCUCGAUGCCCUUGGAAGUACUCCUAGGAGCUUAAGAAUUCUUACUCCUAUAAUUUUCAGCCAUUAUUUCGCAUCUAUAGUGAAAAUGAACUACAGUCCUCACGAGCAUGAUGCUUUAUUUUGUGAGAUUAUAGUGCAAUGCCAGAGUGAAUAUUGGGUGGCAAAGUUGAGGCCAUCACUUAUUGCAGCAUUAGGUGCAUUGGUGAUUUCUACACUAUUCUCUCUAAAAGUUUUUAAUAAAUUUUACAAGGCGCUCGAAAAGAACCAAUUUAUCACAGAGGAUGAGUUUAUCUGUUAUUUUCCCGAAAUGUUGAAGCUAUUUCAGAAACUCAAGAUCGAUAAAGAACAUAGGCAGGUGUUUGAUUUUCCAAUCAAAUGGAAAAAUAAUAUCAAAUGUGCAAGUAGAUUCUUGAUAUUCACAAAUAUGAGAAUUAUUGAACAGCCCAAGUUAGAAGUAAAGUUGGAAAAUUGCAAGAAAAAAAAAAUGAAUAUUUGAAACGCUUGGACCAGCAAAUUGGCAAAAUGGAGAAACAAUCUACCAGAUUAAAUGAUGUAUUAUUAUUGAUAGUUUCUUUCAGUAUUGCUUCUCAAGGAGUGGGCAUAAUGCCAAAAAGUUCUCUCAUCCUUAAAGCAAUAUCUUUGAUAAUGAUUUUAGGGAGUCUUUAUUGCAUUAUAAAGAUCAUUAAUGAAAGAUGGGAAACGAAAAA